UCCGCUGAAGCUGUCAUGUCUGUAAGUGUGAACCUUGUUGGCCCUGCCCCCUGGGGCUUCCGCAUAACCGGUGGAAGGGACUUCAGGAAGCCCAUUGUGGUGUCCAAGGUAACGGAACGCAGCAAAGCAGCCCUCGGUGACCUUCGGCCUGGCGAUGUCAUAAUCUCUAUCAAUGGGGAGAACACUGGUGAGAUGCUCAAUGUGGAGGCACAGAACAAGAUCAAGCAGAGCUCUGGGCAGCUGCAGCUGCAGGUGGACAGGUCUCAGCAAUUUUCUCCCAGCCAGACCAAUGGUGAAAGUUCCCCAGAGAUGCUGAGCAUACGAUUUCAGGAUUCUUUAAGAACCAGAGAUGAUGGUCAGAGUUCACUGAGAUCUUCCUACUCCAGUCCAGCUUCUAUCAGCCCUCGACCCAGCAGUCCCUACUCUCCUUCAUCCCCUGGAUUCCGUCCUGCAAGCCCAUACAGCCCACAGAGGCCCAGUUUGCCCAGUGACAGCAGAGGAGAAUCCGUGGUGAAUAGCCGCAGCUUCCAGUCUCUGGGGAGUUCUUUUGGAACCUAUGACGAACACAGUCUGCCCUCCCAUGGGCGUCAGGAUCCAAGCAACAGACAGGAGCGAAGGUCUUUCAGCUCCCCCAAUGGGUCUCCCGUUAUAGUCCUGCCUCCAUUGAAUGGCUCUCCAUCCCCAGGAGCAUAUUCACUUGGCAGUCCUUGGGAGACGAAGAAGGACCAGGACAGAAGUUCUCCCUACUACCACAGACGUUACAGUCUGGAUACAGAACCGGCCAUGCGUCGUUUGGAAGGGGACUCUGAAGUUUACAAGAUGAUGCAGGAAAACCGUGAAACCCGGGCCCUGCCUCGGCAGUCGAGCACUUUCCGUUUGCUCCAAGUAGCCCUGGAGAUGGAUGAAAAAGAGGGCACCGUGAGUCACUACCCCAGCCAGCUGUCUCCCAUCGCUCACAAGCCAGUCAGCAGUUCCGCACCUGGGCCCCAGAAGCUGCACGUGUGUGAGAAAUGCAGCAGCAGCAUCACAAACCAAGCCGUGAGGAUUCAGGAGAACCGCUACCGCCAUCCCUCCUGCUAUACCUGCACUGAUUGUGGCCUUAAUUUGAAGAUGCGUGGCCAUUUCUGGGUGGGCGAAGAGAUGUACUGUGAGAAACACGCUCGCCUGCGCUACCAGGGGCCAGGAGUGGCCAGCCCUGUCACUGCCGUCUAUUCUCAGUCCUAA